GUUCUGGCAACACUGCUUGCACUUAUCAAAUAUUGACAUGACGUUAUGAUUCUAUGAAAUCUUCAUAAUUUAUUUUCAUAUCUGGCUCAAUAGCUUAUCAACCACCUAAAAUUUAAGGGUAAAAUAGUGACGUGCAAUCUUUCUUUACUACUGUUCGUAAUAAAGACAAGUAAAAAUGGCUACUCCAAAUGAUUAUGUGCCAAGUGCUCCCAUUGUUAGUUCUGGGCCAAAUGAUCUUCCACCACCGUAUUCCGCUGUUGUUGGAAAUCCACAAUAUGGUUUUGUGGCACCACCAGCCGAACCGAUGGCAGCCGGUGUAUAUCCCCAGCCAAAACAAUUUACAGCCACUGGAGUUUAUCCUCAUCCGCCGAGCAUUAGUGCCCAACCUCAGCCUGGAUUAAUGGGUGCCGCUCCUUCCGGUGCAUCUGUUCCCGUGGGUAUAGUGCUCCCGCCCGCAGUGGGGACGGAACCAACAACAAUAACUUGCUACAACUGUGGCAAAGUUGUCACAACAAGAGUUACAUAUACAACAGCCUGGCAUACACAUUUAGUAGCUGGAUCCAUAUGCGUCACUACGAUGGUAUGUUCAUUGUGCUGCUUGGGUCUGAUACCUUACUGCUUUGAUAACUUCAAGGAUGCUGAGCACUACUGCCCCAACUGCAACACUUUUAUUGGCAAAAACUCCAAAUGCUAAUUAUGUGUUAGUAAUUGAAUCAUUUGUGGGUAAACCUACAAUAUAUGGUAAACACCUUAAACUUUAUAGGAACACUGAAUAAUGUUUACAGUAUUAGAUUUAAUUUUGCUUUAUUCAUUAUAGGUUUUUAAUUCAUUUUAUGGCAUACAAUAAUGAAUUAAAAAAUCUA